AUGGAUCCCCUCACGGCCAUUGGCCUGGCUGGCAACAUCCUUGCAUUCAUUGACUUUUCUUAUAAAGUCAUUUCUGGCGCCAACAAAGUUCUCUCCAAUUCAAGUGGGAUGACCUCGGAAAACGAAAGCCUGACCGUUCUAGUCGUUGAUUUGAAUCUUGUCACACAGAAAUUGUCCACGGACAUCACAGCCCAGACCGAGAACGAAAGGCAACUCUGCGCCUUGGCUGCAAAUUGCUAUAAGCUAUCAGAAGAACUUAAACACAUACUUGCAAGUUUGAAGCUUGGAGAUAGGCAGUCGAAAUGGGACGGUUUGAAAGUGAAGUGGCGCAGCAUGCGGAAGGAGAAGGAUGUGGAUUCAAUCGAGCGACGACUAAACGGGUACCAAUCCCAGAUUUUGAUCAGACUGCAAGUUAUGUUCAGUCAACAUACAGAUGAGCAGAAUGCUUUCGUCAAUGGUCAGCUGGAGGCUCUUCGCAGCGAGGGCAAAGCGCUCAAAAACCAGACGACCUCACAAUUAGAUGGUUUACACCGGACUAUUGUGACGUUAGUACAGUCCCUUCAGCUUGCACCUGCAGUAGACAUGGUACUGCAAUCGACGGAGACAUCGUUGGGAAAGCUGUUGACCUCAUUGACCGAUUUCCAAACCGUGGCAACUUCAUUCUCUCGAGAAAAUAAAGUGCUACAGCGCCUAGUUUUCAAAUCUAUGUACGACCGUGAGAACUGUAUUGAAGAUUCAGAAACUGGAACUUUCGCCUGGAUGGUUGACGAAGACUCUGAAUCUGAACCGGUAGACGAUCAGAGAGAUCAUCCUGUUGAGUCGCAAGAUAACACAAUCGAAAUGGCGUCCCAGAGAUAUCACGAUAAGACAGAAAGAACGGGGCAGCAAAUCCUGCGAAAAGAUACGCGGGAAAAUUUCCUUGCUUGGCUCAAUUCAGGACGUGGCAUUUUUCACAUAUUUGGCAAGGCAGGAUCAGGGAAAUCUACAUUGAUGAAGUUUCCUGCUAGAUCUUCCCGGGUAGAGGAUGAAUUAGACAUCUGGGCUGGUAGUGACACUUUGAUUUUUGCUCGAUUCUUCUUUUGGAAUUCAGGAGACAAGAAACAGAUGUCUCUCGAAGGUUUAUAUCGAAGUUUGUUGUUCGAAUCAUGCAGGCAAUUGCCUAGUCUAAUCCCACGGCUGUUUCCCGAUACUUGGCAGACCUCGAGCCUAGCGACCGCUCCGAUUCGUUUUGAGGAACUCAAAGAAGCUUUUUCGCGCCUGAUUCAGGAAGCAAGAACCUCUGAGAGCUAUUUUUGCUUCUUCAUUGAUGGACUGGACGAGUUCGAAGGUAACGAGGUUGAUCAUUGGCGUCUAUGUCGGGAUCUUAAGUACUGGACAACUAAAACGGAGAAAUUUAAGCUCUGUGUCAGCAGUCGACCUCAUAUUACCUUCAUGCAAUCGUUCCAUUCACGAGUUCACCUGGGAGGAUAUCUCAAAUUCCAGUCUGGCCAUGUUUGA